CUUUUUAAUUUUCCGGCCUUUUAUUUUUUUAUUUCCUUAUUCAUUUCUAGCCUGGCCUCUGCCCUCCUCGCCCCUCCUUAAAUUUCUUUGCCUCAACUUGUGCAAUUUACAAAAACCUAAAACACAUAUUUAAAGAAAAAAAGGCAUAUCAGUGAUUGCUUCCGAUUUAUAUAUGAAACCAAUGUAGAGCUAGCAAUGAUGAUCUUGAUGCUGAAGGGUCUAAGAGACUAAGAGGGCCUCUGCUCUUCUUCUGCUUAAUUAUCCUUCACCCACCUCAUCUUCCUCACCAUUAAGAAAGGGAGAGAGAUAGAGAGAGAGUAGAGAGAGAGAGACAGAAGAAUUAAGGUCACUGGGUCAAGGGUCCCCUCUCUUUGUUGUUUGCAAUAUAAGUCAUUUUCCUUGUUCUUUUCUGGGUCUGUGUAUGGUUGUUUGGUGCAAGUAAUAUCCAAGCAAAAAGUCAGAUUUGCUUCUGCUCUUUGUAAUAGUCAUGGUCUGGUAGUUCUCUUUCCUUGAUUUUGCUUCUCUCUGGCACUGAAUGUAAUGAAAAUGGAUAGUCUUCUUCUUCUACUUUUAGGCUUCCUUCUCACCCUCUUUUUCCAAAGAUUUUCGCUUCCAGUAGUGGUGGCCUUGGACCUGAAAAACACCACAAGGUACAAUAAGCAAGUCAGCACCUUGAGACUUGAGAGAAUUGAGAAGCACUUGGACAAGAUCAACAAGCCUCCUGUCAUGACUAUACAGAGCCCAGAUGGAGAUAUGAUUGAUUGUGUUCAUAAAAGAAAGCAGCCAGCUUUGGAUCACCCUCUGUUAAAAAACCACAAGAUCCAGAAAGUGGCACCAGAAAGGCCAAAAGUGAUGAAGACGAUGAAGCCAUCAUCAUCUUCUCGAAGUGAGAAUGAUACAGUGAAAGCGAAGACCGGUGGGAUCGCAUGGGGGCACCAAAUGUGGCAUACAAAUGGGACGAGGUGUCCGAGAGGGACUGUUCCGAUACGGCGGACCACAAUGAGUGAUGUUCUCCGAGCCAAGUCCUUGUUUGACUAUGGCAAGAAAAGUCAACGACGCACCAGUAUUCAUACGAAUAGGCAAGCUGAUGCACCCGAUGUGGUCAGUGGGAAUGGCCAUGAGCAUGCGAUUGCUUACACCGGAUCAUCGAAUGAAGUAUACGGUGCAAAAGCUACGAUCAAUGUUUGGACCCCAGCAAUCGAACAAAUGAACGAGUUUAGUCUUUCGCAAAUUUGGGUUCUGUCGGGAUCAUUCGAUGGUUCAGAUCUCAACAGCAUAGAAGCUGGAUGGCAGGUCAGUCCGGAGCUCUAUGGUGACAGCAGGCCUAGAUUGUUCACCUAUUGGACGACUGAUUCAUAUCAGGCAACUGGGUGCUACAACCUUCUGUGUUCUGGAUUUGUGCAAACAAACAGUAGAAUAGCCAUUGGAGCUUCCAUCUCCCCGGUCUCAUCGUAUGCAAGCGACCAAUUUGACGUUACUAUCCUCAUAUGGAAGGAUCCAAAGCUAGGAAAUUGGUGGAUGGGAUAUGGAGAGAAUAGUCUAGUAGGGUACUGGCCAGCAGAGCUAUUCACACACUUGGCAGACAGAGCAACAAUGGUGGAAUGGGGUGGUGAGGUGGUGAAUACAAGGUCCACCGGUGAGCACACCUCCACCCAAAUGGGUUCGGGUCAUUUUGCAGAAGACGGGUUUGGGAAAGCAAGCUAUUUCCGAAACCUAGAGGUUGUAGACUCAGACAAUAGCCUCAGUUCUGUGCGAGAAGUCUCAACCUUGGCCGAGAACACCAAUUGUUACAACAUCAAGAGUUUCUAUAACAACGAUUGGGGCACUUACUUCUACUAUGGAGGGCCAGGAAGAAAUCCAAAAUGCCCGUGAUAUUCGUCAUUAUUGAUCGAUCAAUAUCCAAGUGCACUUCAAAAUUAUUGCUACAUAUUAAUGUCUAAUUCUUUAAUUAUGUAAUUAUAGAAAUAUGCUAUUUCCACUCUUGUUUCUGCUGUUUCCAAAUUUUUGUUUCUGCAAGCAAGCUCAAGCUAGCUAGUAAUGUGUAUGAAUCAAGACAAUUGCACAAACAGGCAUGGAAAUAGCAAUGUUCCUUUAGAUUAAUGGGGUUUUCAUCUA